AUGCUUGCACACGAUGAUGAGGUACUUAAGCGACCAAUCCCUCCUCCAUUCUCACGCGAGGGCGUACUUCGACAAUUUCGCGAUUUUAACCCCACCACCAUCGACAAUGCCGACUAUGGCGAAGUCAUCCUCGUUGCUUCCUGCAAGCGACCCCUGGACGGAGUCAUAGUCGAAGAUGCUGCCAGGGAGGCCUCUGUUGGCGCAUCUGCUAUGAAGAAACGGCGCCUAGUACUGUCCCUUCAUGCUCACAGGACGGCCAAUGAUACAGCACAUCGGGCCACCAGGGCGGGCUCUGCGCAAAAUUACGUCAAGCACACUGUCACCUCGACCGCGUUCGAAUGCACGACUCUGGACGAGGAAGAAUGUACCGCAUCGACCAGGGAUCCCGAUUCGCCUGAGCAGCUGGAAGGUGACCUCGAUGACGACGUUGCUGCGCAGGAGCUAGCUCGAAUUCACAGUCUUGUUACCAAAGAGCUGAGUGGUUCACCUGAAAUGGAGGCAGAGAACGAAUGGAUCUCGAUGUCUGGCCGCAGGGUCGUGGACAGAUCUGCAGCCGACGAACGUUACCAGACUGAAAAGGAGAAUCAGUACGCUCUUCGAAGUAGGCAACUACGAGAAGAACGUCUGAGACAAUCUUGUGAGGUUGAGGAUCCCAUUGUGGGCGAAACAGUUGCUAAUGAUGCUUCAGAGAGCAUCGAAGCACCUGCACAGUCAUUUUCUGAAGCCAUUCUAUCCUCGAUCAGUGAGCCACAGACCGACUCUGUGCCCAAUGACUGGUGUGCCGACCCAGAGUCCUCCGGAGAGCAAACGGAUUCGGAAACCCCUGGAGACGAGAAUUUUGACUGGUAUGAGUGUCCUCCUAAAGCCGGCACUGCGCGCAAUCGACCUAGAGCACUCCCCAACCCUGCUUCACGGCAAGCUGCCGAACGUUAUCGGACACAAGGCCGACACCUUGAGACCGGUGCAUUCGAUCACGGACUUCAGAGACGCCAAGCGGUCAACGAAGAUUCCCUCCUCGCAGCAAAGUCAGGACGCACCAUGCCGGUCAGUCAGGGCGGACCCCAGUCGGUUCUUGGACACGUGCCUGUGCAAUUCUCCAGACCUAGCGAUUCGAGGCUCGAGAACGACUCGGGACAGACACUUAGUCCUGCGGCUCAAGCAUUAGCUGCUAAAUGGAGGAAGCAGACCGCAGAGGCCUCCCUGAGUGUUCCGGUGGGCGAAAUAGCAUCAGACGUCGAUCGGUCUGAUGACACGGCCAUGAAAAACGAGCGGGCGCGCCUCAAGUCUCUUGGUACUGUUGUCAACAACCUGAACCUGGCCUAUAUCCAUUUGAGUCUCAUCCGGCUUUCGGGCAAACUUUUUGCCGAGCGCGAGCAGGAAAUACAUAGAAAUCUGCUCAGGGAAGGCAUCAAGUUGAUGAAAAUGGGCGUGCCGCAUAAUGUGGUUCAUGGCGAGAUAAGUCGCCUCAAAGAUCAGUCCAGGCGGACUCUGCCGGGCGAAAUGCUGACUUACAAAAUGAGCACAAUCGACAAGGUUUACGAAGAUGUCAAAGCUCAUUAUCACGAGCUUUGUGGUGCUGAACAUGCGGAAAAAAUUCAGACAGCGCUCAGAAAGAUUCCCGAGUCUAUGGCUACGAUUGACGAAUGGCUUGAGGCUCUCUAUAGGAGGGGCGUGGAAGAAAGGGCUCGAAAUCGUGCCAGAAAACGCGUUGGUGGUGAUCAGCCGCGUGUUCGCUUUGCUUCUGCCGAUGAGGUAUACAGGAGCGAUGAUAUUGCACGCAAUGUCAGGACCCAGCAGCCUAAAGCCAAGAAGCUCUCGAAAAUUCAACGCAUCCGAGGUCGGCUUGCAUUGUUUGAGGAAGCAGAGAAGGAGCGCGAGGCGGAAAAGCAGUCGCGGGAGCAGAGGCCGCUUAGUUCAACAGUUCAAGAUCAGGAAUCUUCAGAAGAGAGCGAAGAGGAUGCGGACGGCGAGGGCUACUAUGGUGCAGCUCAGCGACCUUCUUCAGGUUUCGGCAGUCAAUUGCCGCCAGCAUUCGCUCAAUCCGAGAGUUUGGAGAUCGAACAAGAGCAAGAAUCGCCAGAAGCGCCAGAUCUUACAGAAGCUGAAGUCUCGGUAGGGCCCCAGCCAGCCAGUGUUCAAAGCUUCGACGAGCGCCUUGCAUACCAAAACAAACUCAACGCACUCGACCACCAAAGCCGGGGUUGUCGGCUCCGAGAAGACCUGGACGACCUUGAUUCUUCCGCCUCCGUAAGCGACGAGACAGAGUCAUCCGACGAAGACGACCGUCAAGCAUAUAGGUAUUCAGUCCGAGCCAACUUCCGGGGCAUAGCCGGCUACGAGGAUGACUGGGAUUAUUCGUUUGGAUCUUUCUUCCAACGCAAGAAGGCAGAAGCGCGGAUGUGGCACAUAGUCACGGAGAUCCGAAAGCAACAACACGAAGAGUACGGACACACCUGCGACAUUGUCACCCAGAUCCGCAACGAUAUGGUUGUCAGCAUAGCCCUUGAGAUGCCUGACGGGAACACAACCAUAGUCCGCAUGAGUCAGACAAUUGUUGAUCUCACCAAGCGUCAAGCAAAGCAGGCCCGCAACAUGAUCCCACAGCAUGUCGGCCAUCAGUGGAUCGUUCAUUGGCAGAAGGACAUUAUAACCACCACUACUACGACCGUCACGAGGCUCGCACAGCCAUCAUGCGAUUUGACGAAAGACGUAGCCGACAUGCGGGACAACGACAGCCUUUUCGGUGGGACACCUCCGCCACAAAGCGCCGGAACUUCUUUCAGCUCAUCCGUCUCUACACAAGCGGCUACAGAGACCGUCAUCGACAUCAACACUGACGUCGAGCACAAGACAUACUGCCCCAAACCGGAGGAACAAGACUUCUAUACCAAUUCGUACCACGCCAACGUGAGGGCGAAAGAGAUCUACAUUGACUGGUACGCCUCUUUCUGUCCCGAGCACGAGCGUCCUUCCGACAGAUACCUAGAGUACAGCGGUAUGCUAGGGCAGGAAGAGGCUGCUAGGCGGGCAGAACUGGAAGGCGUGGCCGAUCUACCUGGUGCAGUCGUUGGUCCUUGGGAAGCGGAAUUCGAGCGUCCCGAGGAGGAGACAGUUGAGGAAGGACAGGAAGUUGGGGUGGUCAAGAUGGUGAAGAAGGUCAAGGUGAAGGAACACAUGGUUGUGAGGGUGGUUCAAAACUCGGUCAAGGGACCGCGGAACUAG